CAUUUGAUUGAACUUGGUCAACCAUACUCAUACAUCACUGCUAAAGUGAUGCAUAGCAACCAGUUAGCAGUUUGACACCUGCAAUGCACCUGUCAGUCAAAUCAGCCAUGGCGCUAAUUUGCAUAACCGUAUGGCUGAAUAUUAUUUUAACUCAUGAGUUACAUAAAUAUUCACCUUUUGUACAGUUGUCACGAGAGAUAAAUAUAGCUAUAGAGACCAAAACCGUUUUUGUACCAGACUGUAAAGAUGUUUUUUUUUUUUUUUGUAAAGUUUAACAUGGGGUUUUAUGGGGGGUGACGCACUUAUGGAGGCAGCUCCUAGUGGACACUAGAGGAACCUUCAUGUAUUUUGGCACUUUCACAUCGGAUUCAUUUUUCAAAACCGGACUUUACACCAAGCAAGUAAGGAAGAUCGGAAAGUUUGAGUUUCGAGUGAAUAAGGAUCGAGAGAUUCAAACGGGGCAGGUGAAGAUUCAGGACGAAGUCUUGCGUUCAUCUGGGUCUGGAUCUCACAAACAGAACCAGCAGCAUGGCGAGUAAAUGUAUGCCGAUGGAUCUGUUCCUCCACGUGUCUCUUGCUCCCUCUGUGUGUAUUGUAGCGCUGCUGUCCUUCCUGCAGCACAGAGAGAAGUGUCACCCCUUUGAGGAGAGAUUCCCGUAUCUACGGGGCCGAUUCGGCAUCGUGGUGCCGCUGGAUUUCCUGGGCAGUAUGAGCAAUCGCUGGUCUUAUGGUUUCGCCAUCGGUGCCGUGACCCCCAGCGUCCUGCUGCUCUUCUCCGAGACCUACACACCGUUCUCCGUUCCCGUCUGGGCCAAGGCUUUUGUGUAUUUGAUUGGUGCUCUUGAAGUGGGCGUGGCCUAUAUGCCUUUUUUUGUCUGUCUGUCUACACCACACCGAGCUCUCGGAGGAGUCCUGGGCCUGCUGUAUACUGUGGCUUGGCUAACUGCAAGACUAUUUGAGGUCAUCACGUGUCCAGAAGGUGAAAUUCUGGGUGAUUAUCAGAAGGUUAUAACACAGUGGCCAUGUGUCCUGUGUCUGGGCUUCCUGGUUGGACGCUUCAUCGCUAUGGUGGUGAAGGACGUGCGAAUUCGAUUACAGUUUCAGAACGAGCAGCAGGUUGAAGAAGAAAAACUUUUUCAGUCUAAUCAGUACAAACACGUCCAAACACUCCUGAGACGACCUCCAGAAGAGUCUGUACAGAAGAGCUGGUUUAGGAGGAAAGUGUACGACUGGGAUCCGUAUUUUAAAUUUCCAAACAGAAUGAUCGGCACCUCCAUCAUCUGCCUCAUCGGACUGUACACGAUGACUCUGGCAGAUUACAGUCUGAGUGGUUAUAUUUUUCGGGAGCUGGUGGUGGUGAUCGACUCUCUGGAGGAUUUGGCCAAAGCCAGUAAUAACACAGAGGAUCUCCUGGUUUCUCUGUUACCUCACAUCAAAGAGUUCAGCCUCGUGGCCUGGAAUGCCUGGUUUGCCACCAUACUGUCCACCACCCUGACAUCUGUCACAUACACUUUUCAUGUAUUGGCUUGUUACAGGAAGCACAUAAAGAGGUUGUGGGCAGGAAAUAGGAACUUCUUGCCAGAGAAGUUUCACAAACCAAGCUCUGCUGUUAGCGUGGCUGCAAUUACACGAUACUCUGGCUGGCAAAUUGCAUUCACACUAUGGGGUUAUCUUAUUGUGCACUACGUGCAGUACAUGUUUGCGUUAAUGUUCGUGUAUCUGGUUGUGUUACCGAUCCAGAAAGAAGGGUUCCUUCCCUGGUUCUCCAGCCUGGCCACUUUCCUGCUGAUGAUCUUCAUCGUGAUCGCUCUGGUGGUGGUACAGGUAGUGAUGGUUCGGAUCUUCUUCCUGCAGGACAAAUUAUCACCUGAAGAUAAAGAUAAACCUUUAGCACUCAACAACAGGAGAGCAUUUAACAAUUUCAACUACUUCUUCUUCUUUUAUAAUGUCAUCAUGGGGUUGGGCAACUGCAUCCUCAGGCUGCUAAAUAGUUGCAUUGUAGGUACUUGGCUCGUUCCACGUAUUGACAGGACCAUCAUGCAGCGGGGAUAUGAGGCAAUGGACCAAGGCUAUUGUACGUGGGUGGGAAUGAUCAUAGCAGAUCAUCAUCACAGUAACCCAGUUCUGGUGUGUUUCUGUGACCUGCUUCUCAAACACGCACUGCAGAAAAGGACGGCUGGGAAUACAUACGCACAGUUUAACACCACAGAAUUUCCAGGAGGCAGCAGGGUCCGCACUCGCUGGCUUCUCCUCUAUACCCUCCUCAGAAAUCCAAAAGUCAUUUUGCUGAGAAAAGGACACCAUAGCAACAUCCUCCUUAGCAACCAAGACCCACUUACAAUCGCCCGAGUGAUAACAAUGACAUCACAGAUUGAGAAAAACCAAAGUAUCCCACAACAUAAUGAAGAUGUAGCUGCAAACGGAUAACGACAACCUUUCAGAAGAGAGAAAGCGCUAUGUCCCUAAUGCUAACAUCUGAAAGAGGAGUAGUGAUUGUUUCAAAAACAUUGUCUUGGGAUGACACAAAAGGGACGGACUGGAAUUGUAGCUUGUUUGGUAGCUUGCUAAUAUUUCUCAUACUAAAAGGUUCAGCAGUUAGCAAGCUAACAUUCAAACUCUAAAACUUAACAUUGAAAUGUUAAACACAUGCAGACAGGUGAUGUGUUUAUAGCACAGUAAAUAGCAAAUAGCACAGCCAUUUUUAGUAAAUUAUCAUUUUUAAAUAAUAAAUUACUAAACACUUAUUUAUGUGAAAGUUACAUUUGACUAGUAAUGCACUGUGGGUAAUCCCCACAACCCCUCACACAAUGUGUGGUUAAAUCUAUGAGAACCCUAUUGUUAGCAUCAGGAAAAUACAGACUUAGCAUAAGCUAAUUUAUGCUUUAUUUAGAAAACUUAAAAAGACACAGGGACUAGAAAUGAGACAGAACCAUUCAUAACAUCAUACGAUUUACCUCAGAUGUGUUGCUAAAAGGUUAAAUAAAGACAUAAAUAAUGCUCUUUGCAUAGAUUUGGCAUCAGAUUUUAUGGGUACCACUUGUUUGUAACACUUAGCUAAACAACACAUUUGACUUCAUUCUAUUGCCUGUCUAAAGCUUAUUUCUUUUGCUAAUAAAAUAAGUUUUUAUUU